GAUGGCGUCGUUUCUAUCAACUCAAGUAGUAUUUUAGGAUCCUGGUAAAACUAUAUAAACAAGCCAGUGAUAAAAUUUACUCAUCAGAGGAUGAAGGCAAAAUUUUCAAAAAUACUUGUUAAUUUCGCCUGAAUGAAGGUUGCUUGAAAGGAUCGAUGUGUGCAGAUCUCUCAACUUCCAUGGAAUGGCGACUUGAGGCAUUCGAAAGCAGACCGUCAUUAUGGAAAUUUAUCGGGGAAUACGUUCCUGAAAGUGAGCGAAUCGAGAUCAAAGAAGCUUUGGGAGAAGAUCUAGUGGAUGAGACCUUGGAUUUACACAAUGAGGCCUCCACCCUUCUUGAAAUCUGGCAAGAUUACAGGGAAGAAACAGAGAAAGAAGAGAGAGAGAAAGCCCUGCAAAGACAUUUACAUAGACUUCCUGAGCCUCCAAUGAUAAGAGAAAAUCUCAAGAAAGAGAUUAAAAUGUUUGUGGAAAUGUUGCAGCAGAAAGCAAAAGAGGAAGGAAGGAAUCCAUCAAGCAUUUUGAGUGAGAAGGAGUCUGAUAUAGUGGAAUAUGUGUUUGACAAUACAGCUGCUCGACCCUCCAGCUCAUCAAGUCGACCAUCCACUGCUCAUUCAUCCAGAGAUGGACGACAAACCCCAAUGAGGGCAACACCCAGUAGUGAUGGUAGCAGGUGUGCUUCCUCUCUUAGCGAUCAUCUUGAGUCCAUGAAUGACAAGCUGAAUGCACUGGAAAUUGAUAGAAUUACCCAUCAUUUAAGGCAGUUAUUAGAAGAAGAGAAAGAAGGUCUCCUUGGAGACAUAGCAUUUUUGCAGGAUUGCCUGAUGGAGGAAUCAAACUAUAGAGGCCAGGUUACAUCGCCGAAUGAACCAGAGCCGUCGUUGAGAGAUUUGCGUGAUUUGGGAACGAAACUUGAGAAGGAACUUCUCAACAACGUUUCAGCAGUUGCAAG